GGCCCUCUUGCUGUACUGCACUUUCAGUGCAGGAGGAACUGAGAUGAUGCUGCAGCCUGAGACACUCACAGUCCUGAGCGGAGAGGAGGCCCGCUUCACCUGUACCACCAACCGUCCAGAGUGGGGCGCUAUGGUCUGGCAGCUGAGUGGGAAAACAGUGCUGACCAUCUCCCAACUGUACGGCCCAACGCCCUCCACAAACCCCAACAUCACAGCUGAGAAGGUGUCCCAGGGAGAAGGGUGGAGUCUGAUCCUGAAGAACACACAGAGGCACCACGAGGGAAUGGUGACCUGUGACCUCCAGGAAGUAACCAAGAGGAUGGCCCACCUCUAUGUACAAGAAAAGGGCAGAGUGAGGAUCUUGGGGCAGUCGAGGAUGGCUUUGAAAGAGCAGUCUGUGGAGUUUGAAUGUCAGGCAGCAGGAUGGUCCCCUCUGCCCACACUGCACUGGAAACUCAACAACAGACAGGUGAGCAGUACUGAUUAUAACCUGAGUUCCGAGCAGACUGGACAGGGCCAGUUCUCCAUCAGCAGUAACCUCAGUGUCAAAGCCUCCUCCAGCUGUGACGUUCACUGCCUGGUGUGUGUGUCAGCCAUGACAGAGCCACUCAGCAGCACAGUCCGCCUCACUUUGCAGAGGUGCUGGAGGAUAGCGACUGCAGCGUUGCCGUGGCGUUACUGGGCUCUCUCUCUGCCCUGCUGUCUCUCGCCCUGCUCUGCGUCGCCACUGUCCUCUGCCUCAGACGAAGGGGACGAACAAAGACAAGGAUCCGGAGCAGCUGCUGGGAACAACAAGACAUCUGAAGCACAAGAUGCGUCCAAGACAAACGUUCCCGAGGACUUCGACAUCGACAUGGACGACCCUGAAACGGAGAAGGCGGCAGUGGCCAUCCAGUCGCAGUUCAGGAAGUUCCAGAAGAAGAAAACUGAAAAGUCCUAGUUAGCACCCAAUGCUAACGUGAGCGUUUGCAUGUCAACUCAAUCCACUCUGUUGGAACUCCAGGGGAUUUGGGGGCUUCGUGGGAGAGAAUGCAAUAGCCUGUACAACAUAUGUCUGUGAAUUCAACAUACUGUACUAUGAUUUUUCAAUUUUAUGUUUAUGCUCAAAGUUAAGCUAGUUCAAAACAUUUGCUUUGUGUGCUAGUCUAUGUUAAUCUUACUGUGCAAUGUUGAUUUUGCAAAAAGUCAAUUUUAAACCAUAUUUCUUACCUCCACUUUAAGUUGAUGCUCCAUGUAUCCCGUUCUAGCUGUUUUAGCAUUUGUUUUAUACUUAGCUGUUUCUGUGCUAUAGGUAACGUGAAGCUAACCAUUUAAAAUAUGCUAACUGACAAAAAGAAAAACAUUCUUCAUUAGCAAAUAUUAUUCAUGUUUGUAUCUGUAAUUCAUGUUUUCAUUCUGUGUAUCAGGAACAAAUGUUUACAUUUGUUAGGUCACUUAUGUUCUAAUUCAAGAUAGCAUUUUGAAACGGGCUAAUAUCGUGUCUAUUCUUUACCCCAUUUUUCUUACCCGCAUGAUUCUAAAGCUGUGUGUCAUUGUACAUUGAAUAAAUAAAAAGACAGUGUGUGGAA